CUUCAUCCUUUCAAAUCACACAGCCCUAAAUAGUGCAAUUAAUCCUCUAUUAAUCGCCCCUUAAUCCUAAUUAACUGCUUAAUCGAGGUCCAUGGCAUCCACUAAGCCUGCCGUCUCCGGCGCCACCGCAGCCGCCCUGUUUCUGCUGCUCAACCUCCUCUGCUCCGCCACGGCCUGCGGCACGACCAGCUGCCCCACCCCGAGGCCGCCAAACCCGAGGCCGUCGCCCGGCGGGAAGUGCCCGGUGGACACGCUGAAGCUGGCGGCGUGCGCCAACGUGCUCAACGGCCUCAUCACCGUCGGCGUCGGUAAGUUCCCCAAGCAGCCCUGCGAGUGCUGCACGCUCCUCGACGGGCUCCUUGACCUCGAGGCCGCCGUCUGCCUCUGCACCGCCGUCAGGGCCAACGUCCUCGGCAUCCACCUCAACGUCCCGAUCGACCUCAGCCUCGUCCUCAACUACUGCGGAAAGAAGACCCCUAAAGCCUUCCAAUGCCCUUAACUCCACCAUCAACUCCUCCAUCGAUCAGACAAUAUUCUUCUCAUUGGAUUCACAUCAGUUCGAUCUUUCUUUCUAUGUUAAUUUGCUUUUAGUUUGAUUGGUAUUGUGGCAAGAUUUAAGUUAAUGUGAGUGUGCAAGUGUUUGAUUUAGCAUUCAUAUCGAGUGUGUGGGUUUGCUUAAUCAGUGUUGUUGUACUUGUUUCCUUCGCAUAUUAAUUUUAAUAAAAAGUCUGAUUUUAAGUGUGUA